CACAGGGACCUGUACAUUCUCUGCUCUGUGAGAAGCAAACAUGCUGCUCCUACUGCUGCUGCCCCUGCUGUGGGGAGGGUCCCUGCAGCAGCAGCAGCCAGGCCAUGGUAUCCAAAUGCAGGAAUCUGUGAGCGUGCAGGAGGGUGGAUGCACCAACGUGCCCUGCUCCUUCCCCUCUGCUUGGACUUCAUUGUAUCCCUCUGUCAAUAUCUACAUCUACUGGUACCACAGUGGGCACUACCCACAAAACCGUGAACUUGUGGCCACGAAUGCCCGAAAUACACCAGUGAAUGGCGAGACCCAGAGCCGAUUCUUCCUCAUGGAUCCCAGUGCCAACAACUGUUCCCUGAGCAUCAGAGGUGCCAGGAAGAGUGAUGCAGGAAUCUAUGUUUUACAAGUGUAUUAUCACCUUAAUUAUUACCAAGAGAAAAAGCUGACUUUGCAGGUGACAGACCUGACACAGAAACCUGACAUCCACAUUCGGCGGCCUCUGGAGCCUGGCCACCCCACACAGCUGAGCUGCAGCCUUCCAGGGUCCUGCAAAGAGGGAAGUCCUCUCAUCUUCUCAUGGGUGGGGAGUGCUCUUGACUCUCUGAAUCCCCAAAUCCUUCGCUCCUCUACAUUUUCCUUCACCCCGAAGCCCAGUGAUGAUGGCACCAAAGUCACUUGUCUGGUGACACUUGUAGGACCUAGGGUGACCACAUGGGAAACCAUUCAACUCAACGUCUCCUAUGCCCCACAGAACCUCACCAUAGGCAUGUCCUUCAGAAAUGUCACAGCUCUCAAGAUUCUGCAAACCACAUCCCUUCCCAUCCUGGAGGGGGAGGCUCUGAGGCUGCUCUGUGUGGCUGACAGCAAUCCCCCUGCACAGCUGAGAUGGUUCCGGGGGUCCCCAGCCCUGAACACCACCCCCAUCUCCAGCACCGCGAUCCUGGAGCUGCCUCCAGUGGGGACUGGAGAAGAAGGACAGUUCACCUGCCAAGCUCAGCACCCGCUGGGCUCCAGAAGUAUCUCCCUCAGCCUCUCUGUGGUUUACGCCCCACAGCUGCUGGGACCCUCCUGUUCCUGGGAGGACCAGAGUCUGAACUUCAGCUGCUCUUACUGAGCCCAGCCUGCCCCCUCGCUUUGUUGGCGGCUGGGGGAGGGGCUGCUGGAGGGGAAUCACAGCAACGCCUCCUACAUUAUCACCUCCAGCUCCUCGGGGCCUUGGGCUAACAGCUCCCUGAGCCUCCACACGGGGCUCAGCACCGGCCUCAGCUGUGAGGUUGGGAAUGUCCACCGGGCCCAGAGUGCCAGUGUCCUGCUGCUGCCAGGCCAGGGGCCUGCUGGGGGCAGAGGCUGAGGAAGAAAGGAAGGGAUCAAAGGGAGGAUGGAGCUGGGAAAGAGGCUGUGGCUGGCAAGGGCAUUAUAUGCUAGGACAGGACCCUCCAACUCCUGUCCAAGCAGAGCCUACAGCUGGUUCUGCAAAGACGUGGGAAGAAAAC